AUGUUGAUAAAAUACGAAUUAUGUUAUUUAUAUCUCGAAAAGCUUUAUAAUAAUCAUACAUCAUGGGCAAGAUAUUUAGUAGCUAAGGUAUUUAUAGUGGGAAUAGAAUCUACUCAGCAUGUCGAAUCUAUCAUUGGGGUUAUUAAAAAGCAUAUUGACCGUGGUACUUUAUUAAGGGAAUUAGUAAAUGCUAUUGAUCAAGAAUUAGAAAAGAAAGCACAAUAUACUCGGAUUGCAGAUUAUUAUGAGUCUAAUUCAUCUGUUAGUCUUGUGUCUAUUUAUAAUACUAUAUUUAAAAGAAUUGAUUCUGUAUUAGAGGCUAAGUUGGCACCUAUUCCAUUAUCUCUACAAAGGGCUCAAAUGAAUCAAGCUUUAUUAUAUUAA